AUGACUUCCUUCCUGUGGGUUCCGGUUCUGCUGGUCGGCCCCUUUGGCGCGACCGAACUCCUGAUCAUCCUGGGAAUCGUCAUCCUCAUCUUCGGCGGUUCACGGCUGCCCCAGUUGGGGAAAGGCCUCGGCGCGGGCAUCAAGAAUUUUCGGAACUCCAUGAAGAGCGUCACGAACCCGGACAACGGUUCGGAUGACGCCGACGCGCCCAAGGACGACGACUGA